AUGGAAGCAGAGAACCACACAGCCCUAUCCCACUUCCUCCUCCUGGGCCUCUCAGAGGAUCCUGAACUGCAGCCCAUCCUCUUUGGGCUGUUCCUGUCCAUGUACCUGGUCACAGUGUUUGGGAACCUGCUCAUCAUCCUGGCUGUCAGCUCUGACUCCCACCUCCACACCCCCAUGUACUUCUUCCUCUCCAAUCUGUCGUUCGUGGAAAUCUGUUUCACUUCUACCACCAUCCCCAAGAUGCUGGUGAACAUCCAGGCACAGAGCAAAGACAUCUCCUACCGAGAAUGCCUCUCUCAAGUGUACUUUUAUAUUAUUUUUCUUGGAGUGGAUAAUUUUUUACUGACUGUGAUGGCCUUUGACCGCUUUGUGGCCAUCUGCCACCCUCUGAACUACACAGUCAUCAUGAACCCCCGGCUCUGUGUCCUCCUGGUUCUGAUUUGUUGGCUCAUUAUGUUCUGGAUUGCCCUGAUUCAGAUUCUACUGGCAAAACGACUGACCUUCUCCACAGGCACUGAAAUCCCACAUAUCUUCUGUGAACUGGCUCAGCUUCUCAAGGUGGCCGGCUCAGAUGCCCUCAUCAAUAACAUCUUCACCUAUGUGGCAGGUGCCCUGCUGGGUGUGUUUCCUAUGACUGGGAUCCUUUUCUCUUACUCUCAGAUUGUCUCCUCCUUAAUGAGGAUGUCCUCCAUUGAGAGAAAGUAUAAAGCCUUUUCCACCUGUGGGUCCCACCUCUGUGUGGUCUCCUUGUUCUAUGGAACAGGAGUUGGGGUUUACCUCAGUUCUUCUGUGACCCACUCUUCCCAGGCAAGCUCUGUUGCCUCAGUGAUGUACACUGUGGUCACCCCCAUGCUGAACCCCUUCAUCUACAGCCUGAGGAACAAGGAUGUGAAGGGGGCCCUGAGGAGACUCCUCAGUAGAACAGCCUCUUGUCUUUGCGGGAUCACUGAGUUCUGA